CCGCCGCCCCUCGCCCCGCAGGCGAUGCUCCGCAGCAGCCAGCCGCUGACGGGCCCCAACCGAAAGCGCUGCCGCGAGGACGAGGUGCUGCUGGGAACGGUCCUGGAUGAGGGCGAGCGGGGUUUUAUCAUCGACACGCGGUCGGCCCAGGCGGCGAAGCAGGCACGGAUGACAGGGGGGGGCACGGAGCCCAAAUCCUCCUACCCGCAGUGGAGGAGGCUGCACCGGCCCCUGGAGAGAGGCCGCCAGCUGCAGGAGAGUUUUAUUAAGCUGGUGGACGCCUGCAACGACACCACAAUCAACAUGGACCGGUGGCUGAACCGCCUGGAGAGCUGCCGCUGGCUGAGCCACGUCAAGGCAGCCCUGAGCACGGCCUGCCUGGCCGCACAGUGCAUGGACAGGGAGGAGGCCAACGUGCUGGUGCACGGGGCGGAAGGGACGGACACGACCCUGCUGGUGACGGCGCUGGCCCAGGUGAUCCUGGACCCGUCCUGCCGCACGCUGGCGGGUUUCCAGGGGCUGCUGGAGCGGGAGUGGAUCGAGGCCGGUCACCCCUUCCACCUCCGCUGCGCCCACUCUGCCUACUCCCACGCCCGGCUGAAGCAGGAGGCGCCGCUUUUCCUCCUCUUCCUCGACUGCGUGUGGCAGCUGAGCCGGCAGUUCCCCUUCUCCUUGGAGUUCAGCGAGCGCCUCCUCCUCACCCUCUUUGACAACGCCUAUGCCUCCGCCUACGGCACCUUCCUCUGCAACAACGAGAAGGAGAGGUGCCUGUGUAAAGUGAAGGAGAACACGCACUCCCUCUGGGCGUGGCUGAACCAGCCUGGGGAGAGGCAGAAGUACCUGAACCCUCUCUACUCGCCCAACGCCCUGGUUAUCUGGCCCUCGGUUGAGCCCCAGAGCAUCCAGCUCUGGCAAGGUUUAUUCUUCCGCUGGAUCCGUUCAUCCCAGUACCUGGAUGAGGCCUGGGCAGAGAUCCAGUGGUUAGUAGAGGGCAGCGAGCCCCCCAAGGACAGCGCAGGGAACAGGCUGAGCCGGUCCCUCUCUGACCCCACUGCCCGACCGGAGAAUGCAAGAUGAAGGGCAGCGUGAGGAACUGGGUCCCCGCGGGCUGCCGGGCCAAGGCGACGCCGUGGGAAGCGCUGUGCAGGACACAGGCCCCACAGAGCCAGAGGACAGCUCUGGGAGGGGGGCACAGCCCCCCUUUCGCAGCCUCGGGGCUGGGCAGCCUGAGGUUUCAGUAAAGCGCACUCUCUCGCAGCUCACAUCUGCGUUUCUGCUCUUGUGUAGGGGCAGGAGCAGCCGCGCUCCCACUCUCCUCCCCAGUGCUCUACCUGGACCCUGUACCUGGACCCUCGGGGGAGCAGAAGCACAGGGGGAGGUUGAUGUGCCCAGCAGCAAUCACCCCCCCGAAGCUCCCACCACAGCACACCCGGCCCAGGGAAAACUAAGCAGCAAAACACACUAAAAUCUCAACAACCUCUCCACUAAGGGCACACUGGCUGCAGUUUAAGCGUUGCGUCAGUCGCUCCCAGCUGGGAGCCAGCCCAGGAAAUCUGCCCUUGAACCCAGUUUCGAGGAAGGAAAAAGAUAGAAACCACCCCUCGAGACAGACAGACACAGGGUGAGAGGGCUGGAAGGAUGAGGAUUUGCAGCACAAGUGUCCUAGCGCAGGAAAUAACUGUUCCAUGAGGAAAGUUGGCUCAGGGUCAGCCCAGCAAAUAAACAAAAAGCACCAGAACUGGGUGUGUGUGUGUGUGUGUCAGCUGGAAAACAAUGACUGGCUGCUGCGUUUCCAGCCUGUAACGGGCCAGACCUGAAGCAGAGCUGCUGCUCCUCCCAGGAAAGGGUUAACCCGGGGUGGACAGAGGCCCCAGGAGCCACAGCACUGCUGGUUGCCCAGGGGUGGGGAGCCAGGCAUGGCCAACAAAGCAAAGCACUCAGGAUAAUUUUGUUCCAAAAUGA